UGGCUGGAGGAAUGGGUGGAGGCCAGACAUGGAGGCCGCUCCCCGGGUCAGAUCUGGCCUUCUCAGAAUUCUUCUGCGGGCUGGGAGGCUCUCUGCACUGCUGAUCCAGAACCGCACUCACUUGUACCGCUUUCUGCUCCUGAAGAUGGCCAUCUUUCAGCACUGGGUAUUGGGGCUGGCCCAGGAAGCCCGGGGUUCAGGCAGUGACCAGGCCCGCCUGCUUCAGGAAGUCAUCAUAACCUGUGCUCUGAGAUUGGCCCUUCGAGCUGGACUGACAUUGCUGUGGGUCCCCAUGUGGCUGCUGCUCUGGGGACCCAGGCUGGCAUACAGAGUCGGACUGUGCUGCACUCGUACUGUGAGGCUGGCCCUGGGGCAUCUCUGUGCCUGUGAACCUCUCGGUCUGUCUCCAGCCACCUUCAGGGACCUGUUUCUAUCCUGCCUGCACAGCCUGAUGCUGGUAGCUUUGCUGAUGCUGCUGCUAACCUGGAAGCUGAUGCAGAAAGCCCAUCACUUUAGUCUGGGCUGGCUACCCAGCCAGAAUUCUGUGUUGCUGGAAGCCCCGGCCCUGCUGAGACGCCUCUACCUGUGGGUGGAACACAAGACCACACUCACUUCCUGGAACCUGGCCUAUCUUGUCACUUGGAUGACCUGCCUUGCUUCCCACCUGCUUCAAGCUGCCUUUGAACACACAACCCAACUGGCCCAGACCCAGGAAGUCAAAUCCCAGGAGACCUCGGGGCCCCCUCCUCAGUUCUUAAUUCCAGAAUCCUCCACUACUGAGUCUGGACCCCUCCCACCCCAGCCUGAAACCCCUGGAGAAUAAAUGUGUCCCCCACCUGCC